AUGGACAAGAACAAACUUACUAUAUUAGUGUUGUUUGAUUUGAGUAAGGCUUUCGACUAUGUUGAUCCCAAAAUCAUAUUGAUUGCGUUAUUUGAGCUUGGAUUUUUAGUGGAAACAAUUAUUUGGUUUUUUUCCUACCUAUCAAACCGUUCUCAGUCAAUAUUGAAUGAUCUUGGGACUCCGAUUCAGCUCCUCAGAACUUCAUCUGGUGUUCCUCAGGGUUCUGUUCUCGGCCCAAUCUUGUUUCUGAUUGUCAUGAAUUCUGUAGCCAGAUGGCUAGUGUAUUGCAAUCAUGGUCUGUUUGCUGAUGACAAAUAUAUCUAUCUACACUUCUUUUUAUAUCAGCUACAAGAAGCAGUCAGACAGGUCAACUCUGAUGCACAAUCAGUUGCGGAUUGGGCAAAGAAGCAUGGCUUGGAGAUAAACUUGUCCAAGACCAAAGCUAUGAUCUUGGGCUCAAAUAGUAAGCUGAGGCAACUGAGUAAUUUUGAUCUGCCACCCAUUGCUAUAGAUGGUGUCAUAAUUCCUUAUGUCGAUACUACCAAGUGCUUAGGAUUACACAUCAGCAGGAACCUGAGUUGGAAUCAUCAUGUCCAGCAAGUAGUAAGCAAAGUAAACUCAGCUCUGCACUCUCUCAAAGUUCGAAAGAACAUCUUUUCAACUGACAUAAGAAAAUUUUUAGUAUCAGCUACCAUCUUACCACUUGCUGACUACUGUUCCGUCGUACUGGUAGACUCAACAUCUGAAAAUGAUUGGAAACUUCAGCGUGCAAUAAAUUGCUCAAUUAGAUUCAUUUUUAAUCUUAGAAAAGAUGAGCAUAUAACGCCUUAUCGACGAGAAUUGGGAUGGCUCUCUGUGAAAUAUCGUAGAAUGUAUUUCAUGAGUUGUUAUUUCUUUAAGCUACUUCAAGUUGGUAAACCCAAAUACCUACGAGAUUUUUUUAUUGAGGAGACUGGAGUCAGACGCUCAGAUAGGUUAGCAACCAAAAAACACUCUCUUUACACGUUUCCGCGUUUUGCUACGAUCUUCAUGGAGCGGUCAUUCCAAGUGAGUGUAAUACGCUUGUGGGAAGAACUACCUGAAGAGAUUGUCAACUCAUCUAGUCUUGAAGUAUUCAAAAAUAAAAUUUUUGACCAUUUGUUGAAUUUGGAUCAUUAA